AUGUCGCAGCGCGGGGCACUAGGGCCCGGUUGGGGGCUUCUGCUGGCGCUACUGCUGGCGCUGGGCGAGCUGCCGCCGGUGGGGGCCGUCGAGGAGGAGCCUGGCAAGGAGCACGAAGAAAACCAGGGCUUCCAGGUGGUCACAUUAAAAUGGCACCACGUCCAGCAACCGUAUAUCAUCGCGCUCUGGAUCCUCGUGGCCAGCGUGGCCAAGAUCGGCUUCCACCUGUCCCACAAGGUCACCAGCGUGGUCCCUGAGAGUGCACUGCUCAUUGUGGUGGGCCUGGUGCUAGGCGGCAUCGUCUGGGCAGCCGAACACAUCGCCUCCUUCACACUCACGCCCACCGUCUUCUUCUUCUACCUGCUGCCACCCAUCGUGCUGGACGCCGGCUACUUCAUGCCCAACCGGCUCUUCUUCGGCAACCUGGGCACCAUCCUGCUGUACGCUGUCAUCGGCACCGUGUGGAACGCGGCCACCACCGGCCUUUCCCUCUAUGGCGUCUUCCUCAGCGGCCUGAUGGGAGACCUGAACAUCGGGCUGUUGGAUUUUCUCCUGUUCGGCAGCCUGAUCGCUGCUGUGGACCCGGUGGCCGUGCUGGCGGUGUUUGAGGAGGUUCAUGUCAACGAAGUCCUGUUCAUCAUUGUCUUUGGGGAGUCACUGCUGAAUGACGCUGUCACUGUGGUCCUGUACACCGUGUUUGAAUCUUUCGUGGCGCUGGGUGGCGACAACGUGACUGGCGUGGAUUGCGUGAAAGGCAUAGUGUCCUUCUUCGUGGUGAGCCUGGGGGGCACGCUGGUGGGGGUCGUGUUCGCUUUCCUGCUCUCCCUGGUGACCCGCUUCACCAAGCACGUGCGCAUCAUUGAGCCCGGCUUCGUGUUCGUCAUCUCCUACCUGUCCUACCUCACCUCCGAGAUGCUCUCCCUGUCGGCCAUCCUGGCCAUCACCUUCUGCGGCAUCUGCUGUCAGAAGUACGUGAAGGCCAACAUCUCGGAGCAGUCGGCCACCACCGUGCGCUACACCAUGAAGAUGCUGGCGAGCGGGGCCGAGACCAUCAUCUUCAUGUUUCUGGGCAUCUCGGCGGUGAACCCCGAAUACUGGAAGUGGAACACGGCCUUCGUGCUCCUGACGCUGGUCUUCAUCUCUGUGUACCGAGCCAUCGGUGUCGUGCUGCAGACCUGGAUCCUGAACCGGUACCGGAUGGUGCAGCUGGAGAUCAUCGACCAGGUGGUCAUGUCCUAUGGCGGCCUGCGGGGCGCUGUGGCUUUUGCCCUGGUGGUCCUUCUGGAUGAGAACAAGGUCAAGGAGAAGAACCUCUUUGUCUGCACCACCAUCGUCGUCAUCUACUUCACUGUCAUCUUCCAGGGCCUGACCAUCAAGCCCCUGGUGCAGUGGCUGAAGGUGAAGAGGAGUGAGCACCGUGAGCCCAAACUCAACGAGAAGCUGCAUGGCAGGGCUUUCGACCACAUCCUCUCAGCCAUCGAGGACAUAUCAGGGCAAAUCGGACACAAUUACCUCAGAGACAAGUGGUCCAAUUUUGAUAGAAAAUUCCUCAGCAAAAUCCUUAUGAGAAAGUCAGCCCAAAAGUCACGAGAUCGAAUUCUUAAUGUUUUCCAUGAGCUCAACUUGAAGGACGCCAUCAGCUACGUGGCCGAGGGAGAGCGCCGUGGGUCCCUGGCCUUCAUUCGCUCCCCCAGCACGGACAACAUGGUCAACGUAGACUUCAGCACACCACGCCCCUCCACUGUGGAGGCCUCCGUCUCCUACCUGCUGAGGGAGAAUGUCAGUGCGGUGUGCCUGGACAUGCAGUCCCUGGAACAGAGAAGGAGGAGCAUCCGCGACACAGAGGACAUUGUCACUCACCACACGCUGCAGCAGUACCUGUACAAGCCCCGGCAGGAGUACAAACAUCUCUACAGUCGACACGAGUUAACUCAGGAUGAAGAUGAGAAGCAAGACAAGGAGAUCUUCAACAGAACCAUGAGGAAGCGCCUGGAGUCCUUCAAGUCGACCAAGCUGGGCAUCAACCAGAACAAGAAGGCGGUCAAACUGUAUAAGCGAGAGCGUGCCCAGAAGCGGAGAAACAGCAGUAUUCCUAAUGGGAAACUGCCAAUGGAGAACCCCAUACACAAUUUCACCAUUAAGGAAAAAGAUUUGGAACUUUCAGACCCAGAAGAGAACCCCAACGAUGCUGAGAUGAGUGGGGGGAUUGAGUUCCUGGCGAAUGUCACCAGGGACACAGCAACAGACUCCCCCUCAGGAAUUGACAACCCUGUGUUCUCCCCGGAUGAGGACCUGAGCAUCCUGUCCAGGGUGCCACCCUGGCUGUCUCCCGGGGAGACAGUGGUGCCCUCCCAGAGGGCCCGCAUGCAGAUCCCCCACUCUCCCGACAACUUCCACCGCCUGGGUCCCUUGCGCCUCAGCAACAAGUCCGUGGACUCCGUCCUGCUGGCUGAGGGCCCCAAGGAGCAGCCUCACACCACUCCGCCUGAGUCCACGCACAUGUAACGCUCCUCGCCCUUCCCGGGCCCCUAACUCCUGCUCUUUCCUCAGGCAUCUGCCUCUCUCUUGGCCCUGGACCUGAACCUCUGCAGACUUUCUCUAGCAGCUGCUCUUCCUCUUGCUAAGCCUGUGCCCUCAAGCCUCUUGUUCUGGCUGAACAUUUCUUAGGACCCCGUCUCAGUCUCUGCUUCUCCAGCUGGGACGUCGGGAUCCAGAGCUGCCUGAGGAUUUGGCUGUUUCACCUCAUUGACUAGAAUUUACUCUUAGAUUGUCAGUUUGAUCACUAACUACUCUGAGAUAAGUGUUUAAUCUGGGCAGUCAGCCCAUGAAUAUAAGUCCCGAGCUCAGAGGAGACUGGGCAUGGGCUGGGCUGGGGUGCUGUGUGGACAGAGAGCAUCUG